AAGUACUCUCUCAUACACUAUUCCCCACACAACUCAUAUACAGCACCGCGUCUUACAUAACAGUUUCCAUUUGUUGCGGUAUAAUAUUGUAAAUUCUCUCUUACAAUUUCAAAGUACCUUUCAAAUUCUCCUGUCGAACGGCUGGGACAGGAUUACCCCAUCGAGUCUGCCUGUCUUUCCAUUCUUUGGAAUCUGGAUGUUUUUCCGAGUUUCUCGCUAUUGGGCAAUAGCUACCAUCCCUCAGGCCUCAGUCGUCUCUUGCAAAUGUCAGAAAUCGUGGGCCCUGCAGCAGCAGCUCUGGCAUCGCUAUGCCCUGAUGACGUAAUUUUCCUUCAGUCACUCCCCAAGGCAGAACUUCAUGCUCAUCUCAAUGGAUAUAUACCUAUCAAAACAAUACUGGAACUUGCGCAGAAAUACUCGCCUUCUAGUUCACAGACAACUGAGGUCGCAGACAUUAUCGAAAAACUCAAGUCCGGAGUCGUCUUGAAUGACUUAUUUGACUUUUUCUCUCUGAUGCCCGCUAUCUAUACUCUGACGUCAACCCUGGAAGCAGUCGUGACAACUACUUGCGCAGUCCUCCAGUUGUUCCUGAACCCCACCAGUGAUGCCACGGAAAGUCCUCAAUGCACGUACCUUGAGCUACGGACUACACCUCGCACGACAACACACAUGACGCGAGAGAGGUACCUCACGGUUGUUCUUGAUGAAGUAGAGAUGUAUCCUGCUACUCGGGCCACCCUGAUCGUGUCCGUCGAUCGUUGCACAAGUGACUCGGACCUUGAAGAAUACAUUAGUCUUGCCUUAGAGAUGAAGAACAGAGGCAGAAGAGUUGGAGCCAUUGAUGUAUGUGGGGAUCCACGUGGUGGCGACAUGCAAUCCUUCACUCAGCACCUAUCAAGAGCCAAGGGUGCCAGCCUUGGGUUGACCGUGCACAUCGCGGAGAGCACAAAUAAUACAACCGAGGAUUCUCUGGCAUUCCUUAGUUGUCGUCCGGAUCGACUUGGACACGCGACAUCCCUUUCAGAUGAACUCAAGACUUUGUUCUUCGAAGAUAUCCCGCAGCCUGGGACAGAAUGCGGUCCGUUGUCUGAAUUCGGACUCAGAGAUCCCCUUCACCCUCUCCACUCCAAAUUCCAAGAUCUCAAAGAGGGUUAUUUUCUACGCUUCGUUUCAGAUAGCACUGAGUCUGAGGAAGCGAAAGUGCAGAUGUCUUUCCGGGCUGAUGCAGAGAAAUUUUCCGAGCGAGCCGCGAUUAAGGAUAUUGAAGAGAUGAUCAAACAAGCGGAGUCGCCCAAUAACGCGCGCGUGAACGGACAGUACAAGUCAUGCAUCGAGAUAUGCCUGAGCUCCAAUCUUCUAUGCAAAACUGUCGCAUCCCUCGACGCGCAUCAUAUUCGCUAUUAUCUGAAGAAUGACCAUCCCAUCGCCAUCUGUACCGAUGACGCACUCCUUUUCAGAAUGUCUUGUCUCAGGGAGUAUUUUUUGCUUCUGGCACAGCCUCCGUUAGGCCUUGGCUUGAGCAGAGAUGAUGUAGCUAGAAUCGCACAGAUGGGCAUGGAUGCUGCAUUUCUGAGACCUCGUGAUUGAACCACAUUUUAAUAUUGGGUAUGACAUCGGAUUUGGAUGG